AAUUCCUUUUUUUUUUACUGUUUUCUUUAAGCUAACUAAUUAUUAUGACGCUUGAAUGAAAUUCUUAUGCUACUAGAAUUGGUUUAUCAAAUUUUCCCAAAUAGAGACUUAAGCGAUUUCAACCCAGAAUUAUCAUAUAGUAAACAUAAAUCUGUAGAUAGCAAAAUGAUAAUGGGACAUUUGAAAUCCUUAGUUUGUUGCUAUAAAUCGAAGUCUCCUACAAAUUCGAAUGCCAGCGGGGGUGUAUACUGUGGGGACGACGAAGUAUCCUUCAGCGACUUUCAAAUCCUAAGGGCAAUCGGAAAAGGAACCUUUGGAAAGGUAUGCAUUGUUCAAAAAGUGGAUACCAAAAAAAUGUACGCUAUGAAGUACAUGAGCAAACAACGGUGCUUCAAACAUUCCUACCUAUCCAACGUUAUAAAAGAAAUAGAUAUCCUCAAAAAAUUGGAGCAUCCAUUUCUGGUCAAUUUAUGGUACACUUUUGAAGACCAAGAAGACAUUUUUAUGGUGGUAGAUUUGUUGAUGGGAGGUGACCUCAGGUAUCAUAUUCAAAAUAAUAUCGAUUUUGAGGAACCCUUGGUUAAACUGUAUAUAUGUGAAUUGUCGCUGGCAUUGGAUUACUUGCAAAAAAACAGGAUAAUUCACAGAGAUGUCAAGCCAGACAAUAUUAUAUUGGAUGAACAAGGGCAUGUUCAUUUAGGAGAUUUUAACAUUGCCGCAGAGGUUAAAGGAUCAUCUGAACUAAGAUCGUUGUCAGGAACAAAACCAUACAUGGCCCCUGAAAUAUUCAAAUGUGCCUUAUGCGAAGGAUGUGGGUAUAGUUACAAUGUCGAUUGGUGGUCUUUGGGCAUUUGUGCCUACGAGAUUUUAUAUAAAAAAAGACCAUUUGAAAUAACUUCCGAUAUGACUAUACAACAAAUUUACAAUGUUAUACAAACAACAGAAGUCGCCUAUUUUUCGUACACCAAAAUCGGCAUGAUCAACUUGAUGAAAAAACUUUUAGCCUUUAAUCCUAACGAAAGAAUCCAUUUCUUGAAAAUGCUUAAAGAACAGCCAUACGUUAACCAUAUGAACUUUCAAGCCAUAUACAACAAAAAAAUUAAACCAUCCUUUGCACCAUCAAAAGAACAAUUAAACUGCGAUCCUACUUUCGAAUUGGAAGAAAUGAUAAUUGAAGCCAAUCCUUUGCACAAGAAAAAAAAAAGAUUAGCUAAGCAAAACCUUAGAAAAGAACUCUUAGAAAAACGUCUAUCACGAGUUUCGAACGAGAGUAAACACGAUAGCAUACAUCAAGACGAAUUAGAUCGAGUUUUAGAUACUUUCACGCCUUUCAAUCGAGAAAGGCGGAUUGAAGAAAAGGCUAGGAGAGAAUUGAAAAUUAUCAAUGAAAAAUGAAAUUUAUUUUGCUAAUAUAUACGCACUAUAAAACUCCAUUCUCUUCUGUAUUUUUACUAUUUUAUUUGAAAUGAUUAUAUGUAUAUUUUUUUUUCCUUUCGAUUUGGAAAAGUCUAAUAUUUAUCUUUUAUCUAAAUUUUAUUUAUAGAAACAAAUUAUACUGGUAUUAUACUCUAUUAUAUUAUUUAAAUACUGAUAUACGUGAAUA